UGUGCUGCUUUAGUUGGGGAAGACCAGCCUCUCUGUCCAGACCUUCCGGAACUUGAUCUCUCCGAAUUAGAUGUCAACGAUCUGGAUGACAGCGGGUUCCUGGGAGGGCUUAAGUGGUACAACGACCAAUCGGAAAUCAUCUCCCAUCCGUAUCCUAACGAGACAUCCAACAUAUUUGAG